CUCCUGGCGUGCAGCCCCGGUGAACCGAGUCCAUGGCCAGCACCACUAACGUGACCGAGUUCGUCAUCACCGGGCUCUUCCAGGACGCAGAGGUGCAGAGAGCGUGCUUCGUGCUCUUCCUCCCCGUGUACCUGGCCACGCUGGUAGGCAACGGCCUCAUCGUCCUGACGGUCAGUGUCAGUGACAGCCUGCGCUCCCCCAUGUACUUCUUCCUGGGCUACCUGUCCCUGGUGGAGAUCUGCUACUCCUCCACAGUGGUCCCCAAGUUCAUCGCGGAUCUACUGUCCAAGAUGAAAACCAUCUCCUUCAAGGGCUGCCUGGCCCAGAUCUUCUUCUUCCACUUCUUUGGGGUCUCUGAGAUCCUCCUGCUGGUGGUGAUGGCCUAUGACCGCUACGUGGCCAUCUGCAGACCUCUUCACUAUGUGACCGUUAUGAGUCGCCAACUGUGUCACAUGCUGGUGGCUGGCUCCUGGCUGGGGGGCUUUUUUCACUCCUUAAUUCAGAUUCUGGUCACCAUCCCUUUGCCCUUCUGUGGUCCCAAUGUGAUUGACCACUACUUCUGUGACCUCCAGCCAUUGUUCAAGCUGGCCUGCACCGACACCUUUGUGGAGGGCGUCACUGUAUUGGCCAACAGUGGAUUAAUUGCUCUGUGCUCCUUCCUCAUCCUGCUGUGCUCCUAUGUGGUGAUCCUGGUCAGCUUGCGGAACCAUUCUGCAGAGGGCAGGCGCAAAGCCCUCUCCACCUGUGCCUCUCACAUCACGGUGGUCCUCCUGUUUUUCGGACCUGCCAUCUUCCUCUACUUGCGUCCCGCCUCCACCUACACUGAGGACAAGCUGGUGGCUGUGUUCUACACGGUCAUCACCCCCAUGCUGAACCCCAUUAUCUACACACUCAGAAAUACAGAGGUGAAAACCGCCAUGAGGAAGUUGUGGAGCAUAACAAAGCCAGGGCUGGGGUGA